GAUGUUUAACUGACAUUUGAAACAUGCUUUGACCAAAAUUACAUACAGUAUAUAAAGGAAAAGUGGGGAGAAGUAUUUCACCAAAUUGUUUAACAAUGGAUAAGGUGCACGUGCUGUCAUUGUGUAUAUUUCUCGUGUAUAUGACUGGAGCAUCCGGUACGGAUUUGUGCAGCUCAUACCCGUGUCUCAACAGCGGCACGUGUACAGAAGACAACAAUGGUUAUGUAUGCGAGUGUCGGAACGGGUAUUCAGGCGAACAUUGUGAAGAUGGUGGCAUUAUUGAAGUUGAGGAGGGCUCUUCUAACGAACGGGCUCAGUUCGAAACGAAUCAGCCAAAACUGUACAAUCAGUGCUUACGUCCUCUGAACAACUUGAAGUUUUCAGUAAGGACCGAAAGGGACGCUCACAUUCUACUGCAGACGACAACAGAUGUCUUCGAAACGUCAGAUGAUAAUUACGUCAUAUAUAUCGCCGGAUGGGGAGGCAGCCGAACUGAAAUUUAUCACAGCGGGAGAUCGGAAAGGGUUGAUAUCGAAGGUUUAUUAAGCGAUUAUGAAUUCAGGGAUUUCUGGGUUUCUUGGAAUAAAACUACCAUUGCUGUUGGACGAGGAAACGUUGUUGGAACCGAUGGUUUUAUCUCCUUUACAGAGACUCCGUCACUAAUGGAAAUCAAGGGCGUGAGCUUCGGGACUGCAUGGUACACGGAUGCUAGCUGGAGAUUUCCAAAAGGCCUAAACGAGUGUGACGUUAACCCAUGCAGUCAUUGUGAAGUGUGUGUCGACGGAAUAAAUAAAUACACAUGCGUCGAGAAUUAAAGAUGUACAAGAUGGAAUAAUUUUCGUCCUACCUUGUUGUUCCACAACCGCAAAUACAUGUAUAUACACAAAAAAACAACAUUAAUUAUAUAACUUCUUGUGGAAUAAAAGUGAAUGUACCAUUA